UGCUGUGCCUGAUGCCUCCCGUCCCCGCAGGAUCACAUCCGGCAGCACCAGGAGAUCCACGUGGUGAUGGGCAACGAGGCCUGUGACCUGGACUCCACCGUCUCGGCGCUGGCCCUGGCCUAUUUCCUGGCCCAGACCUCCCCGGCUCCCAAAGCCGCCUUCGUGCCGGUGCUGAACAUCCCCCGCGUCGACUUCGCGCUCCGGACCGAGACGACGUUCCUGCUGCGGGACCGGGGAAUCCCGGCCGCCUCCCUGAUCUUUCGGGAUGAGAUCGACCUGGGGGGGCUGCACCACGCUGGGCUGCUCUCCCUGACGCUGGUGGAUCACCACGUCCUGUCCGGUGCUGACGCUGCCCUGGAAGAGGCUGUGGUGGAGGUCCUGGACCACCGGCCGCUGGAGCGGGAGCGCGGUCCCCCGUGCCAGGUGACGGUGGAGCCGGUGGGCUCCUGCGCCACGCUGGUGACCGAGCGCAUCCUCCAGGGCCCCCCGGGCGUGCUGGACAGAACCACGGCCGCGCUGCUGCACGGCACCAUCCUGCUGGACUGCAUCAACCUGAGCCCGGCCGCGGGCAAGGUGACACCCAGGGACGUGGCCUGCAUGUCCCUGCUUGAGGAGAGGUUCCCGGAGCUGCCGGCCCGUGACGCCGUGUUCGGAGCCCUGCAGGCGGCCAAGUUUGAUGUCACAGGGCUGACGACAGAGCAGAUGCUGCGGAAGGACCUCAAAGUCGUCUCCAGUGACGAGGUGGUCGUUGCCAUCAGUGGCGUCUUCGAGGACCUGGAAACAUUCCUGCUCCGGCCUGGCUUGCUGCAGGAGCUGGAGGCUUUCUGCCAGGGCCGUGGCUACGCGGGGCUGGUGGCCAUGACCGUGUCCUUUAACGAGCGCCACGAGCCCACCCGGAAGCUGGCGGUGUACAGCCGGCAGGAGCCCCUGCGCAGCACGCUGUGCCGGGCGCUGGAGGAGGCGACGACGCCGUCCCUGCUCCUGCAGCCGCUGCCGAGCCCCUGGCCCGGCGUGGCCGCCUACGCCCAGGGCAACAGCGCGGCCACUCGCAAGAAGGUGCUGCCCAUCCUGCGGGCAGCGCUGGGGGGCCCGGGGGCCGCUGGGGGCCCCGAGGAGGAGGCAGUGCCCCCACCCACCCCCAUGAACAGCCUGGUGGAGGAGUGUCCUCUGGCACAGGCCGUGCCCCCGCUGUGUCCCCAGGAUGUCCUGGAGCGGGUCAGCCGCAUCGCCGUGGGGCAGCCCCCCGGCUCCCCCAAAUAGCAGCGGGCACCCCGUGGCUUUUUAAGGUCUGGAUGAGAAGUUGGGGUCCCUGAGCAGGGCCUGGAGGGGUGCCUGGGUGUGUGGGGGGGGUCGCAGCCACCUUUGUGCUCAGCUCCUGGUCCUCGUCGUGGUUUGUCCCCCCCGGUGGCUCCCUCUGCCCCAGUGGUCCCCAGCCUGGGUUUCUGGGGAUGCCAUGGGCAGCAGCUGCACCCCCUUAAUGAAGGCAUUGGGGUGUGGGAGUUAAUGAGUUCUUGAUGAUCUUCCAUCCUUGGGGGGCAGUGGGGGGCCCCAGAGGGUGGGUAUGGACUUGCAGCCAUCCAGGAUUGUCAGUGGUCCAAGGAUUAAAUUUUCCUUUUCUUCCA